CAUCUUGCCAUACAGCUCUUCGAAGAGGAGACCAACAGCCGAACUUUGAUUGAGAAGCUGGAAGCAGAGCAUGUGAAGGGUCUGCAGCACAUUCGGGCCCUGGAGGGCAGGCUGGAGGAGCUGCAGGAUCUCCUCCUAGCCAAGAUGAAGGAUCUGAACACCUUUCAGGAAAGCAACGUAUCCCUGCGGAGUGAACUGGACGCUCUGAAGGCUAUGUUGGAGGAAGAGGAACACCAGAUGAGUGUCAGUAACUGGCACUUACCACAGACCCCUUCAUCCUCCAAUCCACUGACUGAUUCCUUCCCAUCAUCUGUACACAAUGUUAUUCCUGAGUACUACAAGAUGACUGAAGUCCUUCCACCGAUAACUACAUCUAACUCCACCGAGCUGCCUACUGCUAGAGAGGAAAGUUCCCAUAAAGGAGAAAACAUUGUGGAAGAUAUUCAAGACCAAAUAGAUCAUUUUAAAAGGUCAGCAUCUGCCCCUCUUUUGGAUGUUCAGACGCCAGACCUCGGAAAAAGACAAGACUCGUUUGGUUCAGUGAUGGACAAUGUGAACCCUAAACGCAUCAGUAAAACUCCACCACUGACCAUAAUUGACAGGAAAACAGCUGUCUCCAGUGCUCUUGGGAAUCUGGAAAUCUCUGAUGUCGAUCCCAGUGGAAGUUUUGUAAGAAUCAUCAACCAGUCACAAGAUAAAGAGGAAGACAUUGGCGGGUGUCUUCUCCAGCAGAACAUUCGUGGUCACCCCAUUUCAAUCUAUCGAUUCCCACCAAAAACCAGAUUGAUGGCACGCUGCGUGGCCACUGUUUGGGCCUCAUCAGCUGGUGUAGCUCACAAUCCUCCAACAGAUUUCUUGUGGAAGGAACAUAGCAAGUUUGUCACUGAACCACGCUGUACCACCAUCUUGUGUACCCCAAAUGGGCAGGCAUUGGCAUGGUUCACCCCCCUAAAAAACAAAAUGAGAAAAUCAGUGGAGAACAACCUGCAUAAAUCAGAACCCAUUUCACUGGUUCAAGCCUCUGAGCAGCAUGAUAAUGAAGAACCUAUACCAGAAGGAGAUACACAGUCAGCAAAAUUCCCACCAGACCAUCAUAGGCUUGAAAAAGUGCCAACCUUACUAAAGAGAGAGAAGAUUUCCCCUGCUGUUCUUCCCAAUGUCUUCCAGCCCAUGGGCACAGAGUACGGCUUCCCUGACUCACCCCGAUUUCACUCCCAGCCGAUUCAUACCCUUGGGAUGCGAUAACAACAGUCAGUGUCGUCAGACAAGAUUAUCAACGCCCUCUUCCAGUGUCCCCAGUGCUGGAUCCAGACAUGGCAGGGAACAGGCCAUUAGCCCUGUGAGCAAG